AUGUUUCUUCAGUAUUACCUCAGUGAGCAGGGAGAUCAGGUCUAUACGCUGGAGAAAUUUGACCCGAUGGGACAACAGACCUGCUUAGCCCAUCCUGCUCAGUUCUCCCCAGAUGACAAAUACUCCCGACACCGAAUCACCAUCAAGAAACGUUUCAAGGUGCUCAUGACCCAGCAACCACGCCCUGUCCUCUGAAGGUCCCUUAAACUGAUGUC